GUUGCCAUGGCUUCGUCUUCGCCUCCUGCGUCGCCGCAGGAGCGACACGCAACUGGCUGCCGGAUGGUGGAGAUGGAGCUCGGCGCGGCGCGGGCCCUGGCGCACCUCGCAGGACUAGCGGGGGGCGGCGACGGCGACGGGAGUAGGUCCAGAGAGAGGAGCACAAGCGAGUCGCCUGUUAGAGCUCAGCAAAAGAGCUUCCAUGGCGGUCGGGAGAGUUCAGCUUUAGGAGAUCCAUGUUCGACCGCUGGUUGCGAUGGUGGCCACACUGCUUCAGGCAAUGGAGCGGAAUACAGAGCACACACCGAGUUCCCCAGCAGUCAGCCUUCACUUCCUGGUAGGAGAUGUAAACAGAAUUUGACAGAGGCUGAGAAGGAAGAAAGGAGAUUGCGCAGGGUGUUAGCUAACAGGGAGUCUGCGAGGCAGACCAUCCGUCGGCGUCAGGUGACGAGCAUUAAUUACUCCAUCUCUCCUCACUGUAUCAUUCUUCUUUGUUGACUUUAGGCUCUCCGGGAGGAGUUGACCAGAAAAGUUGCUUACUUGUCCCUGGAGAAUGAGAAUAUGAGGAUGGUAAGCAACAUUCCACCUCGUGAAGUUGUUUCCUCCCAAACUUUCAAUAGCUCCCAUUGAUCCUUGGAUUUGACUGUAGCAAAAGGAUGUGGCCAUGAAAGAGUACCUUUCACUCAAGGACACAAAUGAACAACUGAAGGAGCAGGUUUGACCUCUGCGAUCUCCUGGAACCAAGAUGUGGUUGAUGAUACAGCUUGAGAAAAGUUUUCUGCUUGUGCAGAUUGCCAUGACAGUGAGGUCUGGGACGGAGAGCAGUGGGACUGCUGCAGGCAAAGAGAUGGAGUCAUCAACAUGUUCUCCCGGGUUCUCCAUGCACAAGCCUUUGACUUGUGCCGACACCAUAGGUUUCUUCGAGCACAGUGGAUCAGUGCGGCCUCUUUACGUGCCACCCUGUGUGUGGUACUAUCCAUCGCACCAUGAAGUUUCUCAUCCAUUUGGAGACCAAGAUGUUGCUGCAUCCAGGGACAAUGAAGCGAGAGUCUCUGUUCAUGGCAGGGACGAGAAGGAUCAAUGCUUGAUAGCAAGAGUUGGGAACGAAAAGGAAGAUGCACUUGUCACCAAAAGAACCCACAAAGAUGAGAUGACGGUCAAGAUGCCACCAUCCACGUCAAAAGAGAAAUCUGAGCUGCAGCGCGAUGAAGGUUUGCCAGAGAAGCUGCAGGCUCGCUCUCCUGGCGAAUCGUCGAGCACAUCAUCGGCUGCAGCUGCGGCGGCGGCGACGGAGGCAAGGAAGAGGAGGAAGCAACUCACGAAGUUGAAGCACAGCCAUGGAAGCUGGGCUGGGAAGCACGGUUGAACAAGUUGCUUCUAAUCUCAGCUACUGAUGCCAGUUUUCCGUCUUCUUCCUCUGUAGGCGAGAAGUUGAUGCGUGUCCAACUUGUGCUGCUCGUUGCAGUGAUGAUUGGAGUUCUUUUGCUGUCGCCUUCAAACACAGCAUUAGAAUCGAGAACUACGAGUUCAAAGCAAAUCAAACUGGAUAAAGCUUUGAAGUAUUUACUCUUUCAAGUAAUUGGACAAAAAGAUGAGAGAAAAGAAACUGAGAUAGAAUAUGGGGUUGGAAGUCUAAGCU